AUGGCGGAUGGAUUCAGUGCUUGGAAAGCGAUCUGGACUCUGCCAGUCCCCCCUAAGGUUUGGCAUAAAGAUGAAAUCCUUCAUGGGCAUGGCUUCCUCGCCUUCAUGGACGCUACGUUGGGGUUCGCGAAGAUAAAUGAGGCGAUGGUUAUGGCUGCUGUUUUCUGGACGAUCUGGCAGGCAAGAAACGAAGCAGUUUGGAAUGAUAGGACUCCGGUAGCAACAUCGGCCCGUGACAGUAUGCUUCGUAAUCAGCAGCUGCGGCUCGCGACCUAUGUCACUCCACGAUGUGCGCCUGGUGCCAUGGAUAUCAAUCAACAGUGGUCAUUGCCGCCGAUCAAUGUGCUCAAAUGCAAUGUUGAUGCUGCCACAUUUGAAGAUGGAGUGGGGUUUGGAGCGGUUAUUCGCGACUGGAAUGGCCGAUUCAUUGCGGCUAAGUCGGGACGACUCAAUGGCGAGAACGAUCCUUUUAUUGCCGAGGUUCUUGCGGCCAAGGAAGCUCUAACUUGGAUUAAGGAACAGGGCUUGAAUAAUAUCAUUUUAGAAUCAGACUGUUUACUUUUCUGUAAUGCGUUUCAUUCUCGUUCUGUUGAUUUUUCAUAUGUUGGUUUAUAUAUUAAGCAAUGUCGUUCGAUUGCUAUGGACAUUGGGAUUGUGCAUGUUUCCCAUGUCAGGAGAUCAGCGAAUCGUGUAGCUCAUGAGUUAGCUCGGGCGACCGGUUCUAUGGCUGGCUCAGUAGUGUGGACCCAAGUUCCACCGAGUUGUAUUUCCGAUAUUUUACAGCAUUAA